ACCGAAGCGCCGUCUACAGUCGUCUCGCUCAAGUAAAAUGAUCGUCCUUGGCGGAGGCUAAACUGUCGGCCUAAUAUUCGUUAUUUACUUUCGUCGCAGUCUCCGGCGAUUUUCAGCAAUUUUAGAUGCCCGUACGUGAAGGAACUCCUCGCGGUCGUGGAGAACAAUGACGUAGCUUACUGAGCUACGUCAUACAAAGGGAACACCCAAGCUGCCGUCAAACUGGCGCCCUUCAAGCUAAUGAAAUUCAGCAGGAUGUCGAAGUCGAACUCGCUGUCCAAAAGCGGCUCGAUCGAGACACCCACGGAGGUGGACGCCGACGCCCUGUCGCCGAUAGAGGGCGUCACAAACGACAUCCUUCACGAAACGGUACCUGAAUCGGGCGAGAACCAAGAGUUCGUGCCGUCGAGUCCGCCGCCUUCGUAUGAACACGUCUUGGAAGAGAACCGACAGAAAGCUCAGGAAAGCGAUCAGUCUCCCACAGAGGCCAAUAAAAGCGUUGAAAUUAUCCACAAGUCGAGCAAAGAGCUGUACAAAGCAGUAGCGAAACAAUUCGGCAUCACGUGUAAGAUGUCGGACCAGUGUCGAUGCCUCGACUGUCAAAGUCAUUACUUCGACUGCGAGUACGAACAAAACGAGCAGGAAAAAACGGACGGUGGUUUAGGGGCGGGCACGCCUAUGUUUAUUUCUGAAGUUAUCCACGGGUCGGCUUGUACCAUAUUGUAAAAUCGAGGAAAAGAGAAAAAGAGAGGAUGUCGUUUUUGAGUGCAGUGCCACGUGAAGGGUAUUUUUUUUUCUCUCACCUCCACUACAUUUCAACGAGAUACACGUACGAGUCGCGCAAUAAUAAACAACAAAAGGGGAUAUAAUUUUCUAACAAUGACGUGUUGGGGUGCCUUUUAUUUCGAUUCAUCGGAACGCAAUACGUGCAAAUGACGGCAACACCGUACGAUUUCAAUCGAAAUUUAAUGCCAAAUGAUACAGGUAUUUUUGUUGUUAAAAUAGCGUCUGUCACAAUUAUACGAAAUUCCUGACUAUGUAUAAGUAGCGGUUUUAUACGCAGCUUACUUUAGAGCAUACGCAUAUUGCAUUCGCGAUGUUUGAGCAAAAGGCGACGACAUUCGUUGAUUGCAAGAGAAACGAAAAUGCAGCUACAUAAUAUACAUAUAUUUUUCUAAAUGUUUAGGCACUUUAGUGUUUGCAUUAGGAUUACAUCGGAUCAUUUGUCGAUAAUAUGUGUUACGCCCCUUGGGUUUUAAAUCGCUAAUCCACUCACAAAUUUGCGAAAAUGAAAUUUGCAAACGCAACAUUUUCAUUAAACAUGUAAAUAAUAUAGGGUCCUAUAUCCAGUUUUUGUAAACUAGUAACAAAUUAAUCUGCUUUCCUAAUGAUCUCAUAUUUUCCGAUAUGGGUUUGUUAGAGACAGACUCUGAGACUUAGCGAAACUGUUACCUCCAUUUGUAGGAAUUACAAGCUCUAUAUGUAUGUCUACGGCCGAAAAUAAACCAUAUAAUAUUAUACAAUACGCCUAAUGAUUUUCGCACUAUUUUAAUGUCAUCCAUUUUUGUUCCUUACGUAUUACGUCUUACGGCGUACGACGCGCUUAAGCUAUAUAUUUGUCAACAAAGUAUGGCGGAAAACGGGAACGCUUUGCUUCCCGGUUGUUAGACUGAAAAACGUAUGUUUGCCUUUGACGAUACCCAGAAAUGGACGGAUUUCUAUUUGUCGUACUUGUGGAUGUGUACUACUAGCGUUAGUCAGAGACUUCCCUGUAUUUGUGUGUAGGUGUAAUACAUUAUAUAAAUAUGUUUAGAGGAAAGCGCCGAGAUAUAGAAAAAAAAUAAAUUGCAAGUGUAUGUUUCUCGAGUAUCAAUCGAAAUGUUUUACAACGGCAGAAAGAGACUUAUAUACAAUAAACUCCGAAUUCUUUAGUUCGUUAUACAAAUACCAAGUUAAUUAACAAAUUAACGUAUUCAUAUGCGAUUAAAUGCGAACUUUACAACUACUAUAUUGUGUACCAACGUAAAUGUGAAAUUUGUGUUCAAAUAUAUCCCUAACUUUAGCUACUAUCUUUAGGAUGUAACGUCGACAUAAGUAAUCAAAAACGCACCAACAAAAUUCCUGAGCACUUAUAUUUUGUAUAUUUAAAUAUUCGUAAAAUUAUGAUAUACAUGCAAAAGAGACUUGUAUAAAAUUACGAUAUUAAAAAGAAAUAUAUUAUAUAGAAUA